ACCAGCAUGGAGGACGCCACAGAAGGCACACAUGGCUGUGGAAAUACCUCAGAGCCGGAGGGUGACAGAUGCUCAGAAAACGAUUUUGGACCUUCAAUACUCGGAACGAAAGACUAUUGGGAAGAUGCAUACCAAAAAGAACUUGAGACAUUCAAAGACAUUGGGGAUGUUGGUGAGAUAUGGUUCGGCGAGGAAAGCAUGAGUCGUGUGCUGCGAUGGAUGGACAAAGUUAAGAUCCCAGAAAAUGCUGCCAUUCUGGACAUUGGCACUGGAAAUGGAGCAUUUUUAGUUGAACUGGCUAAACAUGGAUACAGGAAUCUGACGGCUAUAGAUUAUUCUCCAGCGUCUGUAGAAUUGGCCAGAAAUGUUCUGCAGGCGGAGGACUUGACGGAUAUCACCGUAAAGGAGAUGGAUUUUUUAAACUGUCAAGGGGAGCUAAAGGACUUUGACGUCUGCAUCGACAAAGGAACAUUUGAUGCAAUAAGUCUAAACCCACACGACACAGAGGAGGGCAAAAAACUCUAUGUCCAAGCUUUAAAAGAUGCUCUUAAGGACAAAGGAUUCUUCGCUGUCACUUCCUGUAACUGGACAAAAGAGCAGCUGCUAGACAGAUUCAGUGAAGGAUUUGAGUUUGUACAGGAGUUGCCUACACCCAGUUUCCAAUUUGGAGGCAGGACGGGCAACAGUGUGACAGCACUCAUCUUCAAGCGACUGUGUUGAUUCACAUGUCCCUGGAGGAUAUUUGUCUUUUUUUUUUUUCUCCCAUCAAUUCUGUAGUUUUUUUUUUUUUGUGUUUGUCACA